AUGGCGGACGAGAACAAGACGGGCAAGACGGACCGCCCGAAAACACCGGUGUUGGAGGUGCCGCAGGGAGACCGCGCGUCGGGGAGGACGGCGUCUCCUGCCCGGCUAGCACCGGAGCUCGCAUUGAAGGCUCGGAGUCAGAUGGGCCGGAUUGCGCUGCUCAAGGAGCUCAUUGAUUCCCUGCCGGUUGUCCCAGCGGAGACCUCACUCGAGGAGGUCUCUCAAUUUCAGCAGCAGGCCGAGGAAAUACACAAGGCCUUUGCCAAGGAACACGCCUACCUUGAGGUCUCAUGGCCGGCGGCGUUCCUCAACGAUGAGUAUUUCUCAGGGAAUGCUCACCUCGAAGAGGGGCGGUGCCACCUGCAAGCGCGAAGGAUCAUAGGCGUGCUCCGCCACGCACUGACAGCUCAGCCCGCUCAACCGCAGACCAGCUCAUCGGCCGGCGAAACUCGACAGCCGCACUCACGCUUGCCGGACAUCUCACUCCCCAAGUUUACUGGGGAGUAUACUGAGUGGCCUGCGUUCAGGGAUCUUUUCACCAGCCUGAUUCUUCAGAACGAGCAGCUCACGAACGUCGAGAAAUUGCACUAUCUCCGUUCGUCAGUGGAAGGCGCGGCAGCUCAACCGAUCGCAGGUUUCACUAUGGCCGGCGACUCACUCAUGCCAUCCUGGAAGCUGCUCAAAGACCGCUUCGAGAACAAACGUCUGCUCAUCCAUGCUCUCCUGGAUAAACUGUUUGCCAGCUCAACCCCGGUGCCACGGAAGGCGGCGGCAUUGGAUCGACAUGUCUCAGGAUUCAGGGAAGCGCUCAAGGGACUGGAGGCCCUCGAGGUGACGGACAAGCUCGGGGAUUGCGCAGUGGUGUACCAGGCCACGCGACUCUUAGAUCGCGUGACGCGCGAGCAGUGGGAGAACUCGGUCGGAGCGACGCAAGAGUAUCCCACGUUCGAGAAGCUCGACGAGUUUCUGACAACGCGGAUAAGGGCUCUCGAACGGAUCGAGAGUACGACAGCUCAUCCCGGUCCUACCACAACCUCCUCACCAACCAAGAAACCGGCAGCUCAGCGGGUGGCUCAUCAGGCGACUCAGCAGGGCGACUCGUCGUAUCCGUGCGACUGUUGCAACGCGCAACAUUUCAUCGUGAUGUGCACGAAGUUUCGGGAGCUGUCGCCAUCAGCCCGGCACAAGGUGGCAAUUGACAAGCGCUUGUGCUUCAAUUGCCUGGGGAGGCACAGCGUGCGGGCAUGCAAGUCCCAGCGCGGGUGCAAGAAGUGUUCGCAGCGGCACCACACCAUGCUCCACGACGCAUCUGCAACGACUUCGACCGCUCAAAAGCCUGGCGGCUCGUCGGCCUUGGCAGUGAUUAGCUCAUCGACAGUACAACAUUCAGCGCGUCUGCUCAUUGACACAGGAUCCGAGCUCACCUUCGUCUCGGAGAACCUCAUCCGGCAGCUCAACAUCCCUCGUCAAUACUCAGGUAUUCUCAUCACUGGAAUUGCAGGCAAGGAGUGUACUCGGACACGAGGAGUCGUAUCACUCACGUUACGCUCGACACAUUCCAACGCAGCUGCCACAAUUCAAGCUCAUGUCCUCCGGACAGUUACAUCAAUCUUACCAUCGUUCGAGGCGGAACCGGAAGAAUGGCCGCAUCUCAGGAACUUGGCAUUAGCCGAUCCUGAUUUUCUCAUCCCACGGCCAGUUGACAUCCUCAUCGGCGCAGACGCUUACGGGCAAAUCAUCAAGCCCAACGUCAUCAGGCAUUCUCCACUCAUGCCGAUAGCGCAACUCUCCAUUUUCGGAUGGCUCGUUCUGGGACCAGUCAAGAAGGAAGCAACACGCACAUCAACGCACCAUGCUUCUACUCAAGUCAACGAGGAUGAUCUCAACGAGUUACUGACAAAAUUCUGGGUACAAGAGGAGGUGCCCACUCACGAUGUCAACCAACUCACUCCUGACGAGCAGAGGUGCGAAGAGCACUUCAAGGCCACACACUCUCGUGACCCAUCUGGAAGUCGCCGCUCACACUUCUACCUACCACAUCACGGUGUUCUCAAGCCUGACAGUACAACAACGAAGCUGCGAGUCGUAUUUAAUGGCUCCAGCGCAUCAACAUCGGGCUACUCUGCUAACGACCUCAUGUAUACUGGAGCGAAAUUGCAUCUGAAUAUCUCAGAUGUUCUCCUCUGGAUACGAAGACACCGUCACAUUUUCGCUACAGACAUCACCAAGAUGUACAGGCAGAUCAAAAUUCACAAGGAUGACUGGGAGUUGCAACGGAUACUCUGGAUGGACGAUCAACUCAAUGAAGUGCCAUAUCAUCUGACAACCGUCACCUACGGGACAAAGGCCGCGCCGUUCUUGGCCGUUAGGACGCUGUUACAACUAGCAGAGGACGAAGGACAUAAAUAUCCAUUGGCUGUGCCAUCCAUCACUCAUGGCAGGUAUGUCGAUGACAUAUUUGGUGGUGCAGAUACGAUUCAACAAUUGCAGGAGGUCGCACAUCAACUAAAGGGCCUCUGCAUGGCGGGCGGCUUUCCACUGGCAAAAUGGCAUGAUACUCAUCUCGACAUACUCAAGACUGUCACCGACAGCGAAGACCAAGGCUUACCAAUCACAUUCGACGAUUGCGCAACCAAGAUACUCGGACUUAAAUGGCUCCCUCAAGAAGAUACCUUUGCAUUCUCAACACGAAGCUCACGCAAGGACGGCAGACUCACAAAACGCCUCGUAUUAUCUGAAGUGGCUCAGAUAUUCGAUCCACUUGGCUUUGCAUCACCUGUUGUGAUCAAGGCCAAAAUUCUCUUGCAGGAGCUGUGGCUGCACAAGCUCCAAUGGGAUGAUCCACUGCCAUCCCAGCUCUCAAACCGGUGGCUCUCCAUCAGAGAAGAACUCACAAGUCUGGCCAGACUCUCAAUACCUCGGUGGCUCAAUACAUGGAGCGACUCGCAAGUGGAACUUCAUGGAUUCUCUGAUGCUUCUCAAUUGGCAAUGGCUGCAGUCAUAUACAUAUCCGUCCACGACUCAGACGGCGCCACGUUCUCACUUGUGUGCUCCAAAACUAAGGUAGCACCUCUCAAGCGGCUCUCAAUCCCGCGACUUGAACUCACGGCUGCUCUUCUGCUCUCUCGGCUCAUGCAAUACGUCACAGCCACCUUGAACAUGGACGUUACGACAACGCAUAUGUGGACGGACUCUCUAGUGACACUCUCGUGGAUCAGAUCUCAUGCAUCACGCUGGAAGGAUUUCGUCAGGAACAGGGUGGCUCAAAUUCAAGAACUCACUCCAGCUGCUCACUGGAGAUACAUUCCCGGGACUUCUAAUCCGGCUGACUGCGCAUCACGAGGCCUCACGACUGCUCAGCUUCAAAACCACGCACUUUGGUGGACGGGACCACCAUGGAUACUCAAACCAGACUCAUGGCCGUCGCAACCUGCACUCUCUGACGAGAUGAGUGCAACAGAAGCUCGCCCAGGCGUUUCGCUAUUGACGGUUACGCCAAGGACUGAAUAUCAAUGGGAACUCAUCUACAGGUACUCAAGCCUCACUAAACUAUUGAGGAUUACAGCUCUCUGUUUCAGAUUCGUCUCACGGUUGAGGAAAGUCCACGACUCAUUGCCUGUCAGACACAUCUCUCCAGAGACCUUGGAGAAAGCGAGGCUCUUCUGGAUUCAGGCAACUCAAGCAACGUACUUCUCGCACGAGCUCAAGGCAUUACAGGCAGACUCACCGUUGGCAAAGGCGCACGCAUUCAACAGAUUGACUGCGUACAUCGACGCUCAAGGAGUCAUUCGCGUCGGCGGACGACUCGCUCACGCAGCUCUCUCAUUCGACGCGAUACAUCCUGUAAUACUGCCUCGUCACUCUCAGCUGUCGUCAUUGAUCAUCGCUCACGCUCAUCAACGGACUCUACAUGGAGGCACGCAGCUCACGCUGUCACACAUCCGACAACGAUACUGGAUUCUCGGCGGGAGGGCUCCUGUCAAGUCUCACAUCCUGCGGUGUGUCACGUGUGCUCGUCAGAGGGGGAUCCGUGCUCAUCAAUUGAUGGGCCAACUACCUCUCUCUCGAGUUACGCAGGCACGACCGUUCACUCAUACAGGUGUAGACUACGCAGGGCCGCUCACCGUCAAAACAUGGAAAGGAAGAGGUGCCAAAACGAGUAAAGGCUGGAUCUGCGUUUUUGUCUGCUUCUCAACCUCAGCAGUACACCUCGAGGCGGUCAGUGACUACUCAACGGAGGGAUUCAUUGCCGCCUAUCGACGCUUUUCAUCCAGACGCGGCAUUGCUCACACCUUACACUCCGACUGCGGCACCAAUUUCAUCGGCGCGGAUGCAGCGCUCAAAAGGCUGUUUAUCCAGUGCACUCAAGAACAUCAGCGAGUUUCUCACCUGCUCUCGCAAGAUAACACCCGAUGGGAAUUUAAUCCCCCAGCGACACCUCACAUGGGAGGAAAAUGGGAGGCCGUC